AUGUCGGACAUGGAGAUGUUGAAGAAGAUGCUGCGGGCGGUGCUGCAGUCCAACAAGAACGGCGUGUCGUUGUCUCGGCUGCAGGCGGACUACAAGUCGCUGACGGGCGAGUACAUCCCCCACAAGCAGAUGGGCUAUCCGUCCAUGGAGGCCUUCCUGCACAGCAUCCCCUCGGUGGUCAGAAUGGAGCGCAGCCGAAUGGGAGAGGUGGUGUGCUUCGCCGCCGUCUGCAAGGAGACAGCACACAUUGCCCAGCUGGUGGCCCGCCAGCGCACCUCCAAGAAGGCCGGCUGCUCCCAGCUCGUCAACUGCCAGAUGCGGGUCAAGCCCACCACGCCCUUCGUGCUCAACGCCAAGCCCAGGACGUCCCUGCGGCAGCCCGACCACACGGGCCGCACCGGCCGGGGCGUGACGCACCCGGGCGGCCGCCCCGGGUGCUACGGCGACCACCGGCAGGCCUGCAUGCGGGACACCCAGCCCGACGGGAGGGUCACCAUGCCGCAGAUGAGAGCGCCCAGCAUGCAGAUGAAGAAGGCCCCCGUGCAGUGCGAGAGGUCAGACAAGAGGUUGACCCUCCCCUCCCGGUUUCAGAAGGAAGUGCACGCACACCUCAGCAGAAACUCUCAGCAGAGCAGCGUGCCCGCCGCCCCAAACGAGAGCGUCCCCCCGGGGAAGCCCCGGCUGCCCCAGUCCAGCGGCUACAACCCGCAGGUGGUCCAGAACCGGCUCAAAGAGGUUCUGAACAAGCACAGCAAUGGAUUCUGGGUGUCCAAGCUGCCCCAUCUGUACCGCGAGCUGUACAAACAGGACCUUCCCAUGGACGCGCUGAAAGAGCUUGAACACUGGUCGCACAUAUGCACGGUGGAAAAGCCUUGCAGUAGCAACCCUUCAGAGCGACUGCUGUACCCCUCCAAAGACAUCCACCAGACCAAGGCCCCCUCCCUCCCCCCGGCCAGACAGAAGUCCUACAUCCCUGCCCGCGCCGCGCCCGCGCCCGCACCCCCGCCCCCGGCCGAGCUGCCCCCGGACGUCAAGCUGAAGCUGGCGGAGCUGCUGGGGAAAUACAGCAACGGGCUGUGGGCGCACGCCCUGCCCAAGCUCUUCCAGGAGGCCUACAAGGCCAAGUUCCCCGAGCACGUGCUGAGCGACCUCUCCCUGCUCGCCGACAUCUCCACCGUGGAGUACCCCAUGCCCGACAACACCAAGAAGGCCAUCCUGUACGCCCGCGCCGCCGAGGACGAGAAUCGCAACCGGCUGGACCCCGGGGCGGGGCCGCGGGCCCGGGAGGAGGUGGGCCGGCGGCUCAGCAGCCAGGCCGUGCCCCCCCUCGCCAUCCCCAAGGAGGAGUACCCCUCUGUGCUGGUGGUGGAGGCCGCCAGCACCAAUAGCGUCAUCCUCAGGUACAUCGGCGAGGGCUACUCCCAGGCCCAGGAGCAGCUGGAGGACGAGAUGCGCGAGUUCUACGGCCAGGGCGGCGCCAGGAAGGCCCUGCUGUCCCCCGCCACCGGCCAGCUGGCCGCCGUCAAGGCCGAGGAAGAGGAGGAGGAGGAGGUGCUCCGGGCCCAAGUGUGCGACGUCAUGGCCGACAAAGUGAAGGUUUAUUAUGUGGACCACGGGUUCUCGGAGGUCAUUGGAAAACGCAAGCUCCUGGAUCUGCACGAGAAGUUCUUCAGGCUGCCCUUCCAAGCUGCGAAAGUCAAGCUGGCAGGCCUGGAGCCCUUCUGCCAGGAGCCGGCGGUGCUGAAGAGGUUCGAGUCCCUGGCCUGCGGCAAGAUCCUGCUGGCCGAGAUCCUGCAGAGGGAGGAGACGCCGCUGGUGGUCCUGUACGACACGUCGCAGGAUGAUGAUGUCAACAUCAACGCCGCCUGCCUCAAGGCCAUGCAGGACAAGUCCCUGGAGAACCCCCUGCAGGUGAACAGCACCUACACGAACGUGUCGGUGACCAACGUGUGCUCGGACGGGACCAUCUUCUGCCAGCUGCCUUCGCGAGGCCUCGCCAAGCUGAAUGAAAUACUGGAGAAGACAGAGGCCUACUUUCAGUCCCAGGUCACGUCUGAGUUCCUGGUGUCCAGGCCUUUCUGUGGGAAAUGUUGUCUGGCGCGUUAUAAAGGCAAAUGGUCCCGGGUCGAGAUCACCAACCUGCACGGCAGCCGCGUGCUGGACAUCCAGUUCGUGGACCUGGGCGUGCCCGCCUCCGUGGAGGUGAUCGAGCUGAGGGAGAUCCCGCCCCCUUUCCUGCGUGAGCUCAUUGCCAUCCCGCCCCAGGCCAUUAAGUGCUGCCUGGCAGACCUGUCUGUGAGUGUGGGCUCCUGGACCCCAGACGCAGUGAUGUGGCUGAGAGACGCCGUGCUCAACUCCACAGACUGCAGCAUGAAGGUCGCCAAGCUGGACACCGCCAAAGGCGUGGUGCACAUCCACCUGUACACAUCCAAGGGGGCCGCCGAUGCCGGGCGCAGCGUCAACCGGCAGCUGGCCGACUCGGACGUGUGGAAGCACCAGAAGGACGUCUUCCUGAGCAGCCGCAGCCCCUCCAGGGCGCCGGCGCCCCCCUCUUCCAAGCCCAGCAGCCCCCCGCCGGCGGCGGCCCCGCGGGCCGAGCCGGGGAAGGGCCCCGCCGCCCCCCCGCAGCUGCCCCCGCUGCUGGAGCUGCCGCAGGCCGGCCACAACAUGGACAUCUACGUGUCGGUGGCCUGCCACCCGGGCCACUUCGUGCUGCAGCCCUGGCAGGACCUGUACAAGCUGGUGGUGCUGAUGGGGGAGAUGAUCCUCUACUACAACAAGAUGGAGGAGAAGCCGCUGAGCGUGGAGAAGAACCAGAUCUACGCCGCCAAGGUGGAGAACAACUGGCACCGCGUGCUGGUGAAGGGCAUCCUGACCAACGGGCUGGUGUCGGUGUACGAGCUGGACUACGGCAAGCAUGAGCUGGUCAGCCUCACCCAGCUGCAGCCUCUCAUCAACGAGUUCCGGCAGCUUCCCUUCCAGGGCAUCACCGCGCAGCUGGCGGGGGUGAAGCCCAGGCAGUGGUCUGAGGAAGCCUCCAUCGUGUUCCGGAACCACGUGGAGAAGAAGCCUCUGGUGGCCCAGAUCGAGGCGGUGCAUGAGGCCACCCAGCCCUGGGACCGCAAGGUGGUGGUCUACCUUGUGGACACGGCCAACGAGGAGAAGGACAUCUGGGUGCACGACAUCAUGUCCGAGUUCGCCGACGAGCUGAGCAAAGCCGCGUAACGCGGACACACGGAGCGGAGCUGUGCCCCCCCCCGCUCACACACACGCACGCACGCACGCACACACACAGAUCCGUGCUGUCCGGGGGGCACCCGAUACAGAGUUCCAACUGUUACAGUAUUCAGAGUUCAGUUUCCCAACGGUAUGGUAACCUACACACAGCGUACUACAUGUGCUCAGACAUCAGCCUGGCUUCAGCUCUCAGA